GUCUAGUUAACGCGACCUUUUUAAAAUGGGUCGGUGUUUAUAUUUUACAACACUUAUACUUUCAGUUUCAUAUCAGUUGAUACCAUUGUGUCACUCUUUCGAAUGGGACAAGCAAUCUGGUCCCCUGCAAAAUGUGCGGUCCAUCAUCACAGGUUUUUCGGAGGAAGCACACAGUUUCCUGGUCUCUACAGUCGGCGAAAAGAGAAUCAAUCUGUGUCUCAAGUUUCUACAAAGCGGUGUGAAGUGGCUAUCAGAUGCAGUGGCAUCAGCUCUUAACACGGUCAUCCACUAUGUCACAGAAAUCUUGGAAUCAGCAGGAAUGGACGCCAAGCAACCUUUCCAAAAAGUUACUCCGGAGGGAGUGAUUUUUGUCACUCAGUGGGCCCUUCUGGCUGUUGUGGCCUACAUGAUACUAUCCUUCAUCCUGCGCUUGGUUGUCGGUGCUGUGAGGCAGGCUAUGUGGCUGCUGAAGGUCACCUUUGCCAUUGGCAUGUUUGGAUUGAUUCUCAGGGACACUGGAGCCUCUGCAGAAACCACAGCGAUGAGAUUAGCAGGCCUGGCGUGUGUUUGUGUCCUGUUAGGAAUAGGCGCAACAUCUGCAAAGCCAGAUACGCACCUCGAAAACAAAAUCAAGAUGCUGGAGAGACGACUAAGAGAGAUGGAGAAAAGCAAAAUGGAAUGAUAUGGAAACCCUCACCAGACCAGAUGUAACUUUAAUUUCCAUUUCUCUUUGCCACAGUUGUAAAUCCAAGGAUAGAAUUCAGCAUGUUAUUGUGACUUGAUACCCCCUGCAAUACAACCACAAGUGCGUUUUGUUUGUCUAAACUUGGAGGGUGCAUUGAUAUUUCAAGAGUUAGUUAAAAGAUUAUUGAUUCUCAAGUAAACUGGUCCCAUACCACAACUGGAUCUGGCAUUUAAAGGCCAAUUAACAUCCCACA